CACGCCGAGCGAGCCUGGUCAGUGCAAGCUCUGCGCUCAGAUCGUCCAGGUGGAUUGUAUUUCACGCCGUUCCAAAUGAAUUGGAAAUGUUUAAAAAUAGCUACUCACUUUCUACUUGUGAUUUUGCUCUUUUCAUCGGUACAGGAAAUUGAAAGCAGUGUCGAUGAAAGGGGAAAGGAGCAAACGGACAAUGAAGACAGUCACAAACACAAACACCAUCACCACAAAUGGGACUAUUCACGAAAAGGUCAAGAGAAUUGGCAGCACCAGCAUUCCGACUGCGGUGGCGAAGGCCAGUCGCCCAUCAAGAUUUCGACCAAGCACGCCGUGCCCGCACCUUUUCCAGCCCUUGAGAUGGUCGGCUACCACAACCCCCUCUUGGCGCCGGUCACCCUUACAAACAACGGACACUCAGUUUCUCUGAGUGCGGCAAAACCGAAUGAAGAUGAUGACGAGCCGAUCCCCUAUAUAUUUGGAGGGCCCUUGAAAGGCGAAUACGAGAUGGUUGGACUCCAUUUUCACUGGGGUCGGAGAAACAACCGGGGCUCUGAGCAUAUCAUUAACUCAAUAAGGUUUGCAAUGGAGCUACACAUCAUUCACAGAAACCGGAAGUACAAAACGUUGGAAGAGGCACUGAAUCACAGAGAUGGACUUUCUGUCUUGGCUUUCUUUUUUUCCGCCGGCGAGAGAGGAAAUGCCCGGCUUGACGUCCUGAUCCAAAGUCUGCCCAACGUCAAAAAUAUGAAUGACAAAGUUACCCUUGACCAACCCCUGCCCCUAGCGUGGAUGCUGCCUCGUGACAUCGACACUUUCUACUCAUACAGAGGCUCUUUGACGACACCGCCUUGUUCCGAAGCCGUUACUUGGAUCCUCUUUCCUCACCCUCUGCAUGUGUCUUUUGAACAGAUGGACUUAUUCCGGAAGCUGUCCUUCGGGGAGGAGCCAAUGGUUGAUAAUUUUAGGCAUCCGCAGCCUAUUUCAGGCAGAACGAUUUAUAUUCACCGUCUUGUAAAUGGAACGAGAUUCCACCACCAUUACCACAGAAUUAAAAAAUCAGAGUAGAGUCUAGUUAGAAAAAAUACUGCCCCAAUGAGUGCCAUUGUAAUUAAAAAUUAUAGAUUCCGAGAAAUAAACAUAUCAACCGUA